GUUUUAUUGUGUUCUCAGUUUUUGAAAUAAAAAGCAAUUUUAUUUCUUCUAUUUUAAGAUUUCCCCUCCACUUUAUGGUCAUUCUCCAGAAUGACUUGACAAUCACUACUAGUUCAGAGUAGUGAGAAUGGCUAGAAAUCUGGACCUUUUUCUGACACUGUGACCUUGGGCAAGAUGUUUAACCUAAGCCUCAGUUUUUCAUCUGUGAAAUGGGAAGAACAGUAAUAGUACCUACUUCAUAGCUACUGUGAGGAUUAAAUAAUCUACCUAAAGCCAUUAGCAUAAUUUUUGGCUCAUAGGUGCUCAGUAAACCAUAGCAACUAUUGUUAUUUUCUCAUUCCGGGCUGAGAUGCUGUGGGAGCAUCAACAUAAUCUCAACAGGCUGAAGUUGAACUUCACUCUCGCCAUAGUGUGCCCCUUGUUCUCCAAAGGGCUUAGAGUUGUUCCUGAUUCUUGCCCUGUCUCAUCUAGACAUUUACAACCCCUACCUCUGGACUAGACCAUCCAUCUCUUGAGAAUUCAGGCCGCUAUUGAGACCAGGAGAGGCAGCAUGAGAGAGUGUGUGAAUGACUGGGAGGAGAAUUCCCAUGGACACUGGGGAUAUGUGAAGGCCCCAGGGAGUUGCCAUGACCCUGGGUCUCUUCCUAGAGCAGUGAGUGCUGGAGAGAGAGAAGAGAUACAUCAGCUGCUGGACAAAUUUUCAGUGUUGAGAAGCCCUUUAGGACAGACACACAGGGCUGAGAGGGUAAUCUAGGGAAGGAACAAAGGCCUGGGAUGGAUUGGGACUCUCCAGACUGCAUUUCAAUCUUACUCCAUUUGCUUAGCAAGAAGGUACUUUUUCUUCUAAUCGGGGGUGCCGUGACGGAUCAGCAGUCCUAAACUUAAGAAUCAAUCCGGAGAGGGAUUCAGCUUGGCCAGCCUCCUGGAAAGCAGGUUAGGAGUACAAACUUUGGAGCCAGCCAGACCUGGGUUCAGAUCGCAACACUGCCAUUUGCUAGCUGUGUACCCUUGGAUAAGUCAUUCAGUUCAGUUGCUUUGUUUAUGAACAAACUGCUACUUAUCGUAUAGAAUAGUUGAGAAGUUUGAAAUGUAAAUACCUAGAACAGAACAGGCACUAAUGCUAGUCAUUGUCAUCUCUAACCAGAGUGAGCAUUAACUCCUAGGUGGUAUAAAGAACUCUGGAAAAGUGAGGGAAGUUCCAGUUGUUUCAAACUCCUGAACAAAUCUCCUUGGUCCGGAAAGCAUCCUUGAAGGGUUCAAGACCAAGACCAGAGAGCCUGCAUCCCACAAUCGGAACAUUUAUAUCCCACAUUGUUCAUAAGAGUAUUUGAGGCAGUAUAACUCAAGGGAGAACCCAGCAUCUCUACCCAUCCUUGCCUCUAUCUUCCCAUCUCAGUUCUCCAUAUCAAACCCUCUCUGAUCCGGCCACUUAUGUCCAUGGGAAUUAAAAAAUUAAAUCUAGUUAAGGGCUCGCUUCUAUUUGGUCUUUCAUUACUCUCCAGUGCUUGGAGCCCAGCCUGAAACUCAGCAGAUGGGGGGUUAAGACUGAUGCCCUGUCCUAUCUCCUCCCCUCUCCAUUCCUGACUUCAAAGUCACCAUAAAGCACAACACCGCUUCCCUGACCCCAUAGUGGCAGCUCCAUCAUCAGCUCUCGGCCGGUUCAAAACAGCAGACGCUGAGCCCUGGCCCAGCUGCUGACAGUCCACUUUCUAGCCAUCUCCUGGGGUAAGCACCAGCAUCUAAGGACCUGUGGGGCCAAUAGUCCUUGCUCCUCCAGGAGAGGAAAGGCAACUAGAAAUAGAAGUUGCCUUAAGCAAGGAGUUGACUCAUGGUUGGACUUAGAAAGCAGCCUAUAGGCAGAACCCCUGGUUUAAUGACCAGGACUAUGGGGCUCUAAUUUGUGAUCAGAGCAGAUAUUUACAGGAGUUAGUAAGUAGAACAAUAGGGAUCACCAGCCCAGGGAUGGAGGCAGGGGGUUGGUAUUUGCUAAGUCACUGGCAAGAGAUGGACCUGGAAAUGGGAGCAACUCAGAGGCCAUAAUUUCUUUCGUUAGUAUUAAUAUCCAAAAUCUACGCCAAAGUAUACACAAAUCCACAUCCAGUUAUUUUAAUGGCUGGCUCUGGUGAUUGGAUAACCAUGCUGUAACACUGUCUGAGACAGCUCUGGCUCCCUGGAGUCAGAUCCCACUCUGUAGCUCCCUUAGGAGCUACAAAUGCAAGGCCAGUUGUGGAGGGAGGAUGGGGGUGGUCCCAAGAUUCAAGGCCUAUUCCUCCCACCCUCAUCUGUGGGUUUUUCCAGCUGCUUUUCUUGGCCCAAGGUUGACAUUCAUAGGGAUACAGAUGAGGGACGGGGAAACAGAAAACAGUGAAGUCAGAACGAGCUGGGGAAGAGGCAGAUGUUAGGAAGAGAUGGAGAAAUGGGGCUAGUGGUCCAGCCCUCGGAGACAGGACACCUGGACAUCUUUCCAAGUAGUGGUUGUGUUGGGCAUGGUAAGAGAUGGUCUUAGCAGGCGACUUCCUCCUUUCCACCCCAAACUAAGGAGCUUGGAGUUCUGAUCGUGGGGUGCCUCCUUCUAGGGCUGGGCUGAAGCCUAGGAGGCCCAGCUGCUAACAUCGGGGGCAGGACCAUGUCUGCUAACAAAGGCUGGUGGGUGCCGCCCAAAGGUGAAGACAGUGUAUCCGAGAAGUUCCUGAGGAAGACCAGAGAGUCUCCACUGGUGCCUAUAGGCUUAGGAGGCUGCCUGGUGGUGGCAGCAUACAGGAUUUACCGGCUGAAGUCUCGUGGUUCCACCAAGAUGUCUAUUCACCUGAUUCAUACCCGAGUGGCAGCGCAGGCCUGUGCUGUGGGUGCAAUCAUGCUAGGUGCUCUGUAUACAAUGUACAGAGACUACAUCAAGAGAACAGCACAGGACGCCGGGGAGAAGUAGGGCUCCUACAGCCGAGGCACGCAGAUCGUCUCACAGUGAUCUCUGGUAUGCUUCUAAUAAAGGAGUUUCUCAGAAAAUCAACAAUCUCUUCUUCAGCUGGGGGAGAGCAAAGUAAGGGACUGGUAGUGGCUGGUGGGGGACUUAGAGCAAAUAUUAGGUAAUCAAAGAGUUCUAGCCCACAAUUCCAAGGCAGGAGAGAAUCUCACAGGGCAGAAGUGGACGUGCAGUAGACAUCUGGUCCCAGGAACCCAACAAUUCCCAAGCCGGCUCAGGCCCACACAGAGAGCAUGGUACAGAGGGCAGGACACCAGGAGUGGGAGUAGGUCAGUGAGGAGGCCUCCAUGCCCAUGGGAACACUGAAUCAAGGGGCAAGCAUUCCUCUCACCACAGGCUGCUUCCCUGGGGACCCAGGCAGGA